CCGAGAAAUCUACAACCUGCACUCAGUGUGGAAAGAGUUUCACACACAAAUGUCUUCUUGAAGUUCACAUGAGAGUUCAUACUGGAGAGAAGCCGUUCACAUGUGAUCAGUGUGGAAAGAGCUUCAAUCAAUCAUCAAACUUUAAUGCUCACAUGAGGAUCCACACCGGAGAGAGGCCGUUCACAUGUGAUCAAUGUGGUAAAACAUUUACUCAGUCAAUAAACCUGAAGAGACACCUUAGAGUUCAUACGAAGGAAAAGCCACAUUCAUGUUCUGUGUGUGGAAAGAGUUUUUCACAGAGGUGUAGUUUACAUAAACAUGAGAAAACACACACUGGUGUGAGAGAGUACAUGUGCUUUGAGUGUGAGAAGACUUUUAUUACAGCAGACUGUUUAAAACUGCACCAGAGAAUUCACACUGGAGAAAAACCUUACAUGUGUUCACACUGUGACAAGAGAUUCAGUCAGUCAUCAGAUCUGAAAAGACAUGAGAGGAUCCACACCGGAGAAAAACCUUACAAGUGUUCACACUGUGACAAGAGAUUCAAUCAGUUAGCAUCUCUGAAAAGACAUGAGAGGAUCCACACUGGAGAGAAGCCGCACACUUGUGAUCAGUGUGGAAAGAGUUUCUCUAUUAAAAGUCACCUGAAGAUACACAUGAAGAUCCAUGCAGUGGAGAAACCAGAUCACCACAGUCUGAGAUCACAAUCAGCUUCUCCCACGCUGAAAUUCAUCAUCAACAAUGAAGCUCCUCCCUCAUCACUCACACCAUCAGUGAAGCUCCUCCCUCAUCACACAUCAUCAGUGAAGCUCCACCCACUGCAGUUCAUCAAUAAAUGCUGGAAUAUUCCCAUCCCAGAACCCUGCAGAAUGAAACACACUGAAGAUACUGAAGAACAAAGAGACCUGAUGGAAGAGAGCAAUGAGAGUGAAGAACUGAGUGAAGUGGAGGAGAAACAUCAUGACAAACCUGGACAAAAACCUUUGAGUCACUCAAAGACUAAAAAGACAUUUUUAAAGGAAAGAAGAGCAGAGAAAUCUACAACCUGCACUCAGUGUGGGAAGAAUUUCUCAACCAAACAACAUCUUGAUGUUCACAUGAGAGUUCAUACUGGAGAAAGACCAUUCACAUGUAAUCAGUGCGGAAAGAGUUUCAAUCAAUCAUCAAACUUUAAUGCUCACAUGAGGAUCCACACCGGAGAGAAGCCGUUCACAUGUGAUCACUGUGGUAAAACAUUUACUCGGUCAGUAAACCUGAAGACACACCUUAGAGUUCAUACGAAGGAGAAGCCACAUUCAUGUUCUGUGUGUGGAAAGAGUUUUUCAUGGCUGCAAAGUUUACAGGAACAUCAGAAAAUACACACUGGUGUGAGAGAGUACAUGUGCUUUGAGUGUGAGAAGACUUUUAUUACAGCAAACCGUUUAAAACGUCACCAGAGAAUUCACACUGGAGAAAAACCUUACAAGUGUUCACAUUGUGACAAGAGAUUCAGUCGGUCAACAAAUCUGAAAACACAUGAGAGGAUCCACACUGGAGAGAAGCCGCACACGUGUGAUCAGUGUGGAAAGAGUUUCACUGUUAAAAAUGAACUGAAGCGACACAUGAAGAUCCAUGCAGUGGAGAAACCAGAUCACCACAGUCUGAAAUCACAAACCACCAGAAAUCAUCUGGAAGGAGAGGACAGAGAGAUCCAGUGAUCCAGAACCUGCAGAUGAAAUAUCACGAUACUGAAGAACAAAGAGGUUGUGUCAAUAAGUGACAAAGAAACAUCAUCCAAAGUUCAUCUUCAGGAGUUUGUGUUAAUGUACCUAAUGCUUUUGUAUCACUCAGUUCUCUUUUAAAAAGGGAACUAGUAUUUCUUUUAAAAAAACUCUUGUGUUCUUGUGCUUAUAUUCAGGGAGCUGAAGAAGAGGCAUAGAAAGACAAUCUGAUAUUUUUUUAUAUCGUUCUUUAU